AUGGACGACGCCGCCCUCUUCCUCCCUCGCCUCCUGCUCGGCAUCGCCAUCGUCGCGGCCAUCGCGGGCGCGGCGCCGCUGGACCCGCAGCAGCUGCUGGCGCUGCGCGCGCUCGGCCUGGGCGCGCACCCGCGCGCGGACCCCUGCGGCGGCGCGGGCGCCGCGGUGAACGCGUCCUGCGACGCUGGGGCGCCGUUCCGGCGCGUCACGUCGCUCGCCCUCACCAACUGCUCCGGCACCACUUCCGUCUCGGCCGCGGCGCUCGAGGCGCUCGCGCCGUCGCUCCGCGCGCUGGCGUUCGCCGACUGCCCGGCCGCGCCGCCGCGGGCGCUCCCGCCGGAGCAGCUCGCGUCCGGGCUCCGGGCCUUCUCCUGCACCGCCUCGCUCCGCCGCCUCUCCGCGGUGUGGCUCUCCCACCUUGCCAACCUCACCGAGCUUACUGUCGCGGACACGCCCCUCGCGACGGGCUCUCCCACCGAGCUCGCCGUCGUCGUCUCCCACAUGGAGCACCUCACCCGCCUCACAAUCUCCAACGCCAACCUCUCCGGCUUCCUCCCGCACCACUGGCACUGCCCCAACCUCACCCACCUCGACCUCUCCGGCAACCGCAUCACCGGCGCCAUCCCGGACACUCUAACGCUCCUCGGCGGCAUCACCCACCUCAACCUCAGCUCCAACGUUCUCAAUGGGGCGAUCCCCAACUCCAUCGGGGACCUCAUUUCGCUCACCACCCUGGACCUGUCCAACAACACCCUCUCCGGCGGCAUUCCGGACACCGUCUCCACGCUGCCGGAGCUGGAGGUGCUCAACCUGGGCUCGAACCGGCUCAACGGGAGCAUCCCGCUGUUCCUGGCCGAGAUGCGGGGGCUCAGGGAGCUCAACCUCGAGAACAACGACUUCGACGGCAUGGUGCCCUUCAACGCCAAGUUCCUGUCGCGGCUGCGUGUGUUCAGGGCCGCCGGGAACGGCAAGCUGUGCUACAACCGGUCUGUGCUUUCCGCCGAGAUCGCCGUCGGCGUGGCGCCGUGUGACAAGUACGGGUUCCCGGUGCUGCCGCCCCCGGCCACCGCGCGGUCGGAGCGCAGUGCGGACUACGACGACGGCGGCGGGGACGCGGAGGCCGACGCCGGCGCGGACACGAGGGGCGGGCCCAGCUCGGCGGUGCUCGGGGCGGCCAUCGGUCUGUCCUGCCUGGCGUUCCUGGUCAUCUUGCUCGUCUGCCUCUGCAAGGUGUGCCGCUGA